GCCUUGGGUUUCCCCUCUCCGGGGAUUGAUGUUCGUGAGGGAGCUGGGGUUGGCUCGGUGGGCAGCUGCAGCGCGGGGAGGAGAAGGCGGACUGGGGCUGUUCGGCCGCUGAUAGGUUAUUUUAUUUGUGUUCAGCUCACCAGUGUGGCUCAUCAUACAAUACUUGAAGCAGUUCCACCAGUCUUCGAACACAGACCAUUUCAGAGAGAAGGGAGAUGCUUCCCCAGAGAGAAAUAUCAAUUAAAUUCUGCUCUUUAUAUACGAGAGUAGAUCCAGACCACUCCAACUCCGUUUCUUUCUUAUAAACGAGGAAAAUAUGGUAACCUACAGACUGUUCCUAACAGAAGAAAGAAAACUUUAACUGCUCACAAAUGCUUCUUGUCAGAAUGAGAUUCCUACAGCUACUGUCCAGGAAACCGGGGAAACUGGAAAUGCUUUUUCAAAUACCUUUUUGCCAAAAGCAAUUCCCAUAUAUGUGUCUGGCUACCUCUGCGUGUCUCUGUAGUAAGAAGAAAAAAACGAACAGUUAUGAACAAGUUGACCAAGAAAAAUACAAGAACUUGGUCUACUCUGUUACAUCUUACAAAACCAGCGCCCAAACACCAGAGACAAUACUUGAAGAAGACAAUUUGUUAUAUGGGCCACCGGAUAAACAGAGACCUCCAGUUAAAGCUGAAACAAAAACUCCCAAGAACUGCGUUCCUUUAAUAAACCCCAACAAGAGAAUUCCUCUUCUCAACAGUGAUUCAAACCUCCCCAUGAAAAUUGCUUUGCAAAAAACGAAAAUGCCCAGUGUUACCCGUAUUCUUCAACAGACUAUUUCUCCGCAGCAAGCCUUUUAUCUGGAAAGAUGGAAGCAGAAAAUGAUACUGGAGCUUGGAAAAGAUGGUUUUGCAGAGUAUACUAAAAACCUUUUCCUCCAAGGAGAGCUCUUUCAUGCAGCUUUGGAGUCUAUAUUCCUGUCUGAAGAGAUGGCAACUAAGGAGCAGAGAGAAGAUGUUGCUAUUUCCGGCUACUUAUCAAGUGUGCAGCAUGUCUUAAAAGAUAUCAGCGAAGUGAAAGCUCUAGAAAGUGCAGUUCAGCAUGAGACUCUUCAGUAUCUGGGCCUGGUAGACUGCGUGGCUAAGUAUCGAGGCCGGUUGUGUGUGAUUGACUGGAAAACUUCAGAGAAACCAAAGCCAUCUCUGAAGAAUACUUUUGACAACCCAUUACAGGUUGCAGCGUAUAUUGGAGCCAUAAAUCAUGAUGCCAAUUAUGACUUCCAGGUUAGUUGUGGACUCAUUGUGGUUGCCUAUAAGAACGGCUCCCCUGCGCAUCCGCAUUUCAUGGAUCCUGAUCUGUGCUCACAGUACUGGAAUAAGUGGCUUUUGCGCCUUGAAGAGUACAUGGACAAAAACUGACCUGAACUAAGCUAUGCAGAGGCAAGUGGUCUAAGCACAGACCCGAAGCAAGAAUCCUUUGUUUAAUUCUGCCAUUUUAAUACACGUUCUUUUUUGAGUAACUUUGGCUAAUUUCUUAAUAUCAGGGUUGUCCCUGCCCCGCCCUUCCCCCCCCCCCCCAAAAAAAAAAAAAAAAAAAAGCAAGGACGUUUGGAAUGGGGAAUGUGUAUUUACUUAUGUUGUAGGUGACUUAAGUGGACCAGGACAAAGUCAACUUACUUAAUCUCAGUUUUUCCCCACACAGUUUAUACAACCUGAGGUUGAUAGAAAAGUUUCUAUUGUCAAGUUAAACAGUUCAAAUCAAAUCAUCCUUCUUUUGUCAUUUUUGAAAAAAAAAAAUGUUGCAGAACUGAGGCUUUGAAAAUGAAGUUGGUGAACUAAAGCAAAACGACAUCUGCAUUGUCUGAGCUGAAAGAAAUGCAAACAAUAAACAAAUGAAUAUAGUAGGCUGGAUUUCAGUCAGCUUAGUUCUUGCUCAUCUCAAAGGUAUCUAUUAAGAGGCUUGUUACUAUUUGUGGUUUUUCUUACAGCAACAACUGGAAAAACUGCACUAAGAAUUAUAACCAAAGUUCUCAUAAGCACUUAUUUAAAAUAUUAAGGCAAAGUUAUCACUUAAUAGAAGUGGCUUAGGAACAGAGGGACAGAAUUAUAACCAAUACCUUUAGAAAUUUCCAGCAACUGUUCUGAAAGGUAGAAGUUUGACUACUUGUAGUGGCUCCUCCUGCAGGUUUCUUAGCAGGCUGUGCAGCCCACAUAAAGACUGAGAGAGUGUAAACGGGCUUUGUACCUUAGGUUGUGAGGUUCUGUGCAGGCCAAAUCUGCAACUGUCUUGAGUUCUCCUGACUUCGCUGUGGGUCUGAGCUGACGACGAGCCUACCCAUGUGGAAUGAUCUCCAGUGUCAAGUUAUAGCGUUUGCCAGUGCGAGUAAGUUUCUUUAUAAAAGUAGGCUUGUGACUUCGAAGCUGAGCCUUCUGACGAAUGAAGAGCCACUGAUUGUUUUUUGGGGGGUUGGUUUUUUGUGUGGUUUUUUUUUUUUUUUAAAUGAGUUUGUGAAUAAUUGUUCUAAACCAGAAGUUACUUUUGAAGCUUGUUUUGUAAAAUCAAGUCUGUAAGACACAGAAUAAGCCUUGCUGAUGUCAGGCGUUAUUGCUUUGUGUUGCACACCCGGAAAGCUUUUUUUCCUCGUUCUUUGUUUUCUCUGAAUUGUAUGUAUGAG